AUGCUCGGCGUGCGCACCGGGAUGCGAACACUUGUCAGUUUCCGCUCGCAGCUGAGGCGCAGAAGUCUCAUGUCCCAGCCAAUGUACAUGUACUCAGAUUUCGAAAGAAGCUUCGAUGCCCGAGCUUAUCCCGUCUAUGGCUAUUCUGAACAAUACGACGUCAGAGGAUUCCAACAAGACGAUGGAAAUUUCUACGAAAAUCCGCAAAAUAUGAUGCAAAUGCCGGCGUACCAAAUGAAUAAUCCACAAAUGGCAAUUCAGCCCGUCGAGCCAAUUCAACCAAAAAUCGAGGUUAUCCCGCCAGUCGACCCGAAACCUGUCGAAAGUCAAGUGGCAGUAGAAGUGCCGGCGCCGAUUUCAGUUCAAGAAAAAGCUGAAAAGGUGAGUGAGGAGAAGAAGCUGUCGUUCAUUCCGAGAGUCGCGCCAAGUCAAGUUCCGGUUGGACUGAAUGAUAAUAUAGCCAAAUCGACUGUAGCUCCUUUAUCUCCAGGUGAUUGGGACUACAACGCACCCGUUGACCCUCAAAUUCUCGACUACGAAGCUGAUUUUUCGAUUCCAAAUGCCAAUUUUAUCUUCCACAACAAGCUGCCAAAGUCGGGAUCAACGACGAUGCACGACAUUUUGAGAAAAUUGAGUCAAAAGAAUCUUUUCAAUUACAAGAAGAUGGACUCGUCGUUGAUGGAAUUUGAUGAUGACCAAAGUUUAGUCAACUACAUAAAAGAAAACCAAAAAACUCCAUUCUUCUUCAUGCAGCACCACUUUUUCACCAAUUUCACCAGCUUCGGACUUGAGCAGCCGACGAUGAUUAACGUGAUCAGAGAGCCGCUCGAUUGGUUUAGUAGCCAUUAUCAUUUCAAGGGCCGGCGAUACAUCGAGUUCUUCUGUGGAAAUGGCCCUGAUUGCCAACUUCCCCAACUAGCCCGAGAUGAUGAUGUCUACAAAUCGAAAAUGGUCGAAGUGGCGAAGAGGCGAAUGCUGGAGGAUUAUUUCGUUGUUGGAGUUUUGGAGCAGUUUGAAGAUACAUUGAACUUGUUUGAAAAAGUGCUGCCGAGAUAUUAUCGCGGCGCAUUGGACGUAUACGAGUCGAAAAUGAUUCAAACGACUCGAAACCAGACGAAAUCGAUCGGAAAACGUACUCUUCCAGAUGAAGUUGCAACAAAACUUCGUUCUGGUGCAUUAAAGUACGAACUUGAUCUGUAUCAAUUCGCCCGGCAACUGUUCAACAAGCAAAUGGAAGCCCUUAAUAUUCCACGCUAUCAAAAACCAGCUGAGCUCUAG